ACCAGCGCCAAAUGCCAAAACUGUGCGCCGAAAUCACCAAGCAGCUGCCCAGCUGGUGUAAGAAGAAGUGCAGCCCGAAGUGUCCUGUACUGAGGUGGCCAGGCUACGUGGAAGCAGUCAAAGAGAUCGACCCACAUGUGGAGGAGGAAUUCCUGCUGAAGUCUACAAGAUUUCUGGACCAUCUGGGAGAAACUAUCUUCAAAUGUCCUAGUUCUUCCGAUCCCAUCAUUGUCCUGAAGCCCAACUGGCUCUGCACAGACGUCAUCGGCCCAAUGAUGGCACCAGUCAACUUCCCCAUUCCCCGCCCGGAGAGAACAAGCGAAGACUACGUCACCAGGGCGGAGAUCCAGCGCGUCUUCCAAGACGUUGCUGACGUGGAUCUCCUCAUCACCCUGCUGCAAGAGUUCCAGCUCUGCCACUCCUAUGACGGACAGACCUUCAUCUUCCCAGGGCUGCUGACACAAACCAUGCCUCCUGACAAGUGGCAACCAACACCUGAGCCAAAGGUGGUCUACUUUGGGAAGCAAGUCCAGUGUGCCGGCUCAACUGACAUGUUCUCCUCCGGGUUCUUCCCCCGAGUGCAGACCCGCCUGAUGAGGGAGCUGGAGAAUCGCCCGCUGCUGUGGAGAGAUGGCGCCAAGUGUGCGGACAGAAAUGUGGAAGGUCUGAUCAAACUCUCUCCGGACGGCCGUGCAGUCAACAUUUGUGUGCGGAGUGCGCAGGGUGACAAGCUGCAGUGUGGCAAGAUGCUGCAGCAGCUGGAGAACAUCAUCGCUGAUGUGCUGGAUGAGUGCAGCCCAGGAACUGGCACAGUAGAGAAGGUGCUCAGCGCUCGUGCACUGAAGGAACACAGGGAGGAGUUCUGCUCCUAUGGCAAGGAGGAGAUCAGCAAGGCAGCAGCAGAGGGCGGUACAAUCCUCCAUCCCACCCUCGGGUUCACGGAACAGGUCAGUGACCUGCUGUGUAGAGAGGAUGAGGACCCGUUCAUCAGGAACCGCCCAGAGCUGGUCCAGGCCUUGCGGCACGUGGAGCCAAUCCUGGACCGUCUCCUGUCCCGCGGCAUUCUCAGUGAGGAGGAACGGGACCGGAUCAGGGCAAAGGAAACUCCCCAAGACCAGGUAAGGGAACUGUUGGACACUGUGGGAAGGAAGAGCGCACAAGCACGUGACGAGUUCAAGGCUGUGCUGGAGGAGGUGAACCCGCAUGCUGCCGGACUGAUCCAAGAUGGCGCCUGUGACCUGUUGCAUGGAGGGAACGAAGACCCGCUCAUCAUUAACCGUCCGGAGCUGGUCCGGGACCUGACGUCAUCAUACGUCAUGGAGAGAAUCCUGAACCAUCUCCUGUCACGUGGUCACCUCAGUGACGAGGAGUGUGACGUCAUCAGGGCCAGCAGGACAGCUCAUGACAAGGCGAGGGAGCUGCUGGACACCGUGGGGAGGAAGGGCGCGGCUGCACGGCGUGCGCUCAAGGACGUCCUGGGAGAGGUCAGCCCGCACCUGGCCGAAAUGGUGGAGUAAGCCGAAAUGGUAGAGUAAGCCGAAAUGGUGGAGUAAGCCGAAAUGGUGGAGUAAGCCGAAAUGGUGGAGUAAGCCGAAAUGGGGGAGUAAGCCGAAAUGGUGGAGUAAGCCGAAAUGGG